UGAUAUGUUAUUACCAACUGAAUUUCUUUCUUUCUGUCUAGUGAUGUACUUGGUGUGUACACAGAUGAGAGUGGUACGAAACGUCACUGAACAUCCUUUACCCAUUUACCUUACAACAUCGAAUGAGAGUCAGAUAUUCGUUACAGGGUGGCACAAAGGUCAACCAUAUACCAAGGAUACCAAAGUGAAAAGCUUUAUUAGGUGGAUUAACACUCAAAACGAAGAUGAUCACAUGAAGAAAACUGUCAUUGGUGGAUAUUACCCUUUUCCACCAUUGCCAAAUACCUUUCUGGAAUACUGUCAAAACAAUAGAAAUAUAAAUAAAGUUGAAUCAGUCUUGAAAACCAUAAGUGAAAUGGAGAGGGAGCUUGAAGACUUGCACUACAGGGAGCACAGGCGCAUUGCUAUUCAGGGAAUAAUUAGUGUCAUAAGAUAUGUCAGCUGUAGCAGUGCAGCUCAAGAUGCCUCAGGAGUGGAACCAGUUCAGCCACCAUCUAAGACUACUGUAAAGGAUUCUAAGAUGUCCGCAGAGGAUCGUGUUAACAAGGGGAAAGACAGAAAAUGUGAAGACAAAGAAGAUCCCAAUUCACGGUGUGCUCCCCUUGAACAGCAUCACCAUGCAACUGUGUUAACCAGAAAGAGUCCAGUCAAGAGAAAGAUCAUGCAUUGUCUAGAGGUUGAACAGAAAAGGGACCUUGCUGUUCCUGUGUCUUCAUGCCCAUAUUUCACAAGAUCUGCAAGGAAAAAAGGCUGGUAAGUAAUAUGGACUUAA